AUGUUGGGCAAGGAGGUUGGCAGUUGGCAUUCCACUUCAUCCCAAAGGUGUUCAGUGGGGUUGAGGUCAGGGCUCUGUGAAGGCCACUUGAGUUGUUCCACACCAACCUUGGCAAACCAUGUCUUCAUGGACCUCGCUUUGUGCACAUGGAAACAGGUUUGGAUGUCAUAGUUCCAGUGAAGGGAAAUCUUAAUGCUACAGCAUAUAAAGACAUUCUAUAUAAAUGUGUGUUUGGAACUUUGUGGCAGCAGUUUGGGGAUGAACCACAUAUGUGUGUGAUGGUCAGGUGUUCAAAUACUUUUGGCCAUGUAACAGUUAUUGCAGUUUGUGGACCAAUUUAUGAGAUACACUGCCAUGAGUAGGUCUAAAAUAAUAAAAAAAAAACCCUAACGAGAGGAAGCAAAUACAAAUGGAGUUGUGUUCCCUGUCUGAUUCCCACAGAGGCCAUGUGGAGGUGCUGUUACUGCAUUUUACACAAACCUGGAGAAUCUAACAAGCAGCAUCCAUCCGUUCCGCAUCAUCCUUCCAUUUCUGUGCCAUCUCUCCUCCUCCCCCCUCUCUCUCUCUCACUCUCUCUCUCUCUCUCUCUCUGUGCUGAGGAUGCUGUGUGUGAAUGAUCUCUCUAUCUCUCCAUACCGACAUGUGGACUGAUCGUGCAACAUUUUCCCACUGACUCUGAACAUCUUGCAAGCUGGUUGAAAACAACAGCUUCUGGUGUCUGUCAAAGUGGAGCAAUUACCGUUGCUUCAUAAAAGAUGCAAGAAUAUAUUAUUGGAUUGAGCUUGUAAAGCUGUAAAGCAUCUCAAGAGUCUCAAAAGAGAAAUGACACUAAAAUAGAUGUGACAGUCAUGAGAACCUAGAGACACAGUUACUUAAUGAAACAUGAGCAUGAAUGACAAGAUUGUUGGACCUGUUGGAUCCAGCUUUCAGGACGAUCAUGGGGAAAUAAGAAACAACAACAGGUGCGCUGAGCAUUCAUGGGAUGGAGAUGCCAAUGCAAAUGAGAUUCAGAGUAAAGAUGGUAGAAUUUUGGAGGACAUUGGUACUCAGUCAUCUUUUGUAUCUCACACUGAGGAGCAGGACAAAAUCAUCAUCUGGGGCACAGACUCUCAGUAUGAUGAUCCUGAACUGGCAGAGUUUGAGAUGUUGGAAUGCCAAGAACUGGAGGCUUACCUUGUUGAUUCAGAGGAUAGUUAUGUUAAAGAUGACGGUACUACAGUAGGAACCUUUUCCAAAACUAUCACUCAAACUGAGGUUGACAUUCAAAAAGACACAAAACUGGACACGAAGGAACAAGAAACAGCUUCCCACAAGUCCAUUAGCAAGGAGAUGGAGACAUGCACUUCUAGGGCUGAAUUUAGCUCUGAUAAUGAUGUAUUUGUAUCUUGUUACUCCACAAUGUCCAGUCUUGCCUCACAGUCCUGUCUGACCAUCUCAGAUAAGAGCAGAAGUUCUCCACACACUGAAGGAACUCAUGUAGAUUUCAAUCUGAACACUACUGUUUUACCUGAAGAACCCUUUUUAGAAGCACAAGAAAAUCAAGAAGCUCAGAACCAACCUGUAAAAACAUGCAAAGAAUCCUCAGGCCAGUUGAAAAAUGACAUAACUGAAUGUAAACCAACCAUUGCAGGUGCUAAAAAUGAGCACGACGAAUUAGAAAAUGCCAGUAAGAACAAUGCAGAUGCUGCUGAGAAGCACCCGACUUCAAUUAAGGAAGAAUGUAAACAUAAAGAUCCAAAAACAGUUUUAUUUCAGCAAAAGUCUUGCCAACCCUUUGGGUCAGAUGACGCACAUUCUUUUUCAGUGGCCAGCAAAAUUCCUCACGAUACCAGUCAUGAAAUAAAAUCUAAACAAUACCAAAAGGAGGAAACUUUAGAAAUGACUCAGAGGUCCUUUAAGCCAGACUCAACAGAAACACCCAGUCAGAGUGUGGUAGCGGAACCCAGACUGUACCAGAAACAGGCAUCUUUUGAAAGAACUCAGAGUGCUAGCCCAUCCAGCCUGGAAAGACGAAUACCAUGGGGCACUUCAUCACGCCCGUCUACUCCUCCAUCUUCCAAGACCACCAGCUCCCCAAAACGACAACCACUUUCUUCACCAGUCAAGACUGUCAGCACACGAACUCCAAAACAGGAACCUUCUGGUUCUCCACAGAGGCUUGCUAGUGGUUUGAAGCUUCCAAGUAAAAGCUAUUUCAGUAGCGGCAUCCCAAAACCAAUUCCUCCUCAACAGCCAUCUAAACCAGAAUCUGACAUUAUGAAGUCCUCUCCUCCUCAAAGGCCUAAAAAUGUCCGCCCAAAAAUCAUCACUUAUGUCCGUAAGAGCCCUCAGCCAAAGCCACAUUCUACAGAGAGUCCAUAUGAAGCAUCUACUCUGCCUUCAAGGCUUUCACCAUACUCUAGUAUGCCAGCCACAAAAGAGCAAAAAGUUGCAGUAUCUAGAAGCUCACCGGUGAUGAGCUCCUCCAAUAUCCUACAUGACAAGUAUCGGCAGGAGUUGCAGAAAUCAGGAUAUUACUCACCACCUGGCCUGAUGCUGUCUGGCAUCAGACCACCAGGUCAUACUGUACCUCAUAAAAUGGUAGGGAAGUCAGAAAGUUUCCAUGGUGAACUCCCAGGCAAAUAUCUGCAUGAGGUGGGCAGAGGUGUCCACCUUGGUGCAUAUGAAGUAGCUGGUGCCUAUCGAUCACCAAGGGCUCUAAGGCCUCAGCUCGGCCUUGGAGCAGUCACAAGACAACCUACAACCAAAGCCAGGAUGCUGAUGACAGGCCAGAGGUCAACUUCACCUCUCAGCCACUCAGCUCCAAUGGGGCAGCCUACGCACUGCUACCAAGAUUCCAUAGGGGAGCUGAAGAAGCCAAUAUUAGAAGUCGCUCCCAAGUCCCUCCUCCCCAAAUCAGGUCAGUCUGGCCUGCGCCCGCCAGGCUUCUCCCACCUACCCACUGCUCGCCUGGCUGCUUUCGGCUUCGUUCGCAGUGCCAGUGUGUCCUCCGUGUCCAGCAACCAAUCCAACGAUAGUACCCAUAGCAGCCCAUGCCGCCCUCCUCACUGUCAAAGCAAUGAAAAUGAGGAGGCCCUCGUGCCUCGUGCUCCUUUCUCCCCCAGUGACGGUGGCAGUGGUAGACGAUCUAGCUGUGGAAGUGCCCAGAGUGCAAACCGCCGCUCUAUGGUGCCUCCACCACGUGGUUCACCUGUUGCUUCUAGAAAGGAGUUUCAAAGAGAUGGCGAUGUUGCUCAUCCUGCUCUGUCCUCCCCAAAGAGAUUUGCAGUGGUCUCGCCCAAGCCUCAUUCCCCCGUGCGUCAGAAGUCAUGUGUUGCGCGUCUCGGGGGCCGGACGGAGGGAUUGGAUGCAGAGCAUGAGCACCUCCUGGCGGUACAGGGGCUGAAACAGCGCUGUGAGGAACAGGCCAAGCAGAUCAUCGCCCUGCAGGCCCAACUCGGAAAAACCUCACUCUGCAUGGAUGUCUUGGCGAUUACCAGUCAACACUUCUGCCACAAGAACGAGAAUGCCUUGGUGAAGGAGAGGGAAUUGUCCCUGGAGCUUUCCAGGAUCAGGGAUGAAGUGGUGGUCAGCGUGGGCCGGUGGGAGCGUUUGCAGGGUGAGAAGGCUGAGUUGGAGCGCAGUUUUGAGCAGCAGCUGAGGAAGCUGAAGGACGAGCAGGAGAAGGAGCUGCAGGAUCUGCAGGAGAGGCUGAGAGAAGAGCAGCAGAAGGAGACUGAGCUUCUGCAGCAACAGCAGAGCAGCCAGCUAGAGCAGCUCAGCACCCAGCACCAACAGCAGGUGGAGGAGAUGAGUGAGAGCCAUGAGGCGGCCAUGCUGGAGAUGGAGGCCGCUCAUAACGCCACACUGGCCACUCUACAGGAGGAGCACGCUAGGACAGUCAAAAACCUCAAGAUGGCACACGAACAGCAGAAGAAAUCUCUGGAAGAAGAAUUUGAAAAGCUCAGAUUGUCACUGCAGGAUCAGGUGGACACACUGACGUUUCAGAACCGCAGCUUGAGCGACCGAGCCAAGCGCUUUGAGGAGGCUCUGCGCAGAAGUACAGAUGAACAGAUUGUGGAAGCUUUGGCCCCGUAUCAGCACAUAGAAGAGGAUUUAAAGAGUCUCAAAGAGGUUCUGGAGAUGAAGAAUCAGCAGAUCCACCAACAAGAAGUCAAGAUAUCUGAGUUGGAGAAACUGGCCCAGAAAAAUGCCUUGUUGGAGGAACGUGUUCAGGUUCUACAGCAGCAGAAUGAGGACCUUAAGGCGAGAAUAGACCUGAACCUUGCCACGUCCAGGCAACUGUCGGAGGAGAACGCUAACCUGCAGGAGUACGUGGAGAAGGAGAGUAAUGAGAAAAAGCGACUGAGUCGCACAAACGAGGAGCUGCUCUGGCGCCUGCAGACGGGCGAAUUGAGCCCACGCAUGUCACCCAACCAGUCGCCACUCCAUCGACCUUCUCCAGGCCCUGGCUCACCAUCCCACCUCCCACCCUUUCCUAGAUGAACCACACCAUCUUUCUUUCAUUUUCUUCCUCUCUCUGUCUUUUCAUCAAUUUCAUUUCAACUGUACCCUCUUUUAUCAGGCGUAAGUGCAAGCAGACACUUAAGGUGCUUUCUGGAGUGAUAUAGACUGUAUCAGUUGGGCUGUAUGUUCUGUAAAUGGGUGCUGAUAACUAGGUUAUCUCAGGAGGCUCAGGAGGACCGUGUCUGAAUUCAAACCCCUAAACCCUCUAUAAAUCUGUCUUACACAUUUUAAUUCUGGAUGAACAAAUGGGACUCUGUAAUACAUUUUCAGUAUAACAGAACAGACAAACCAUUAGUUUGUUCAUUUUAACAAAUUUUUAAUGAUCAUCAUCAUAUAAACAUGAACACAGCCAGUUUUGAGCUGCAGAUUUUUCUACCCUACUUGUAUCAUGCAUAAUGAAGUACUGACUACCACUGGCAUGCUUUGCAAAUUGGCAGAUUUAAUUAGUUUCUAUGGUGCCUGUAUGUCAAGCUUUGACUAGCAUUUGCAGCUUAGAUAGGAUAAACAGUCAAAAUGAAAGCAUAAACAAGAUACAGGAUUCCUAUAGUUAAUUAUUCAUUCAUUCAUCUCCAGUAAGUGCUUUAUCCUGGUCAGGGUCACUUGUGGAUCCAGAUCCUAUCCUGGGAACACUGGGCAUGAGGCGGGAAUACAGCCUGUAUGGGACAUCAGUCCAUUACAGGGCACCAUCCACACACAUUCACACACUCAUUCACACCUAGGGACACUUUAGAGUAGACAACUCACUUAUCCACAUGUUCUUUGGUAGGUGGUUGGAAACCGGAGAACCCUGCCACAAAGAACAUGCACAGAAACAACCAGAAUGGUUUCUGAACAUUUAGAACCACUAAGCAACAACUUACUCGGCACUAUCCACCCCCACCCCCACCCCCACCCCUCUCCAACCCCCACCACCACCCCUUCCUUAAUCAUUUCUUUAAUGAGGGAUUAAUAAUAAAUAAUAAAAUAAAUACAACUAAGCAAGAACUAUAAUAUAUUGUUACAUAAAGAGCAGUUUCUAUUCUUUUCACACCACAAGGGGGCCCUCUGGAACUUCCUGAUGCAUAAACGAUAGAAAUGUGUGCUUUUUUGCAUAUCUACUUUAAAAAUCAUGCAUUCCACUGGUGGUCUGGGGGCCCUAAGCAGCCACUUAUACCACUUUUAACAAGAAACAGCCCAGGAAACUCUACACAGACAGUAACCCAAGCUCUGGAUGAACCAGGGAUCCUGGAUACCUGUUGCGACACCGUACUGUCACCCAUAGUAAAUGAUUAUUCAUCCAAUUUCUUUGUAGAGUUAUACACUAAUCCAACACAGAACACAUAUUUAAUAUGGAUAUUUCUUCCCCUUCAAAUAUACUGUAUAGUCCUCACUGUUUUAGCGAUGAGAAAAAGAGUGACCAUCACUGUCUUUAUACAACCAAAGUAGUUCCUCAUUCAUUCUCAGUUUCCAUAACAUGUUAUGGUUUUCAUGAGCUCAUUGUUUAAAAAGAUAUUAAACACAGAUUGUCCAUGGAUAUUGAGUGAGAAAAGUAAAAUAUUUUCAAAGGGUAUUUACAUUAUGCUAAUGUACUUCACUAUCAGGCUGUUCUCAAGACUACUACCUUCUCAGUGCAAAAAAGAUUCAUGCCUUCAUCUUCUGGUCAGCAAUGUUUACAGAACUUCAUGUCAGCCCUCAUUCAGGAAAACGGCCACUGCUGGUCCUCUCAUGGACUGUUUAUAUGCUGAACAAACCUCCUGCUACACAAGUCUUCCAUUUAAACAUAGAUGUAUUUAUAUACCUUAUACCUGCUAAGGCAACACUGAAGAGAUUUCAUCAUGAGCAGGAGAAAGACUUGGCUACAUUGGAAUGUUGCUAAGGUUACAUAAAGCUAUAGCAAGAUAAUACCAUAGCCCUAGUACCACAAUGUUAGCCCUUGAGCUGCAGUACAUUAUGGCAAAACUGCUAGCAUGCUCAAAUUUUCAGUGAUGUACUUUUGUCUGUCAAACAUGACAUGCUGACAGUGUCAGGAAACUAAACGUUAUUGUGUAACAUUAAGUUUAAAAGUUAGCAAAGAAAUCUGGAUGUUUUGCUAGCAUGGUAAGUACUUUAGCAUUGUAAUAGUUCACUUCUUCGUGUUAGCUGUGCUUCUGGUUAACCACGGAGACUUUCAGGAUAUACAAACUCAAAGCCAUGAUGCUUUUCCAAAAACAAUUUCCAAUCUUCAUUUAGACUUUUUAAUAUUUGAGCAUCAAAUUCACAUUUUCCACAUUUUCUGUUUUUUCUUCUACACAAAAACACAAACCAGCUCACAAAGGGCUUAGUAACUAGCUGUUGAAUCAGAUAAGGAAGCAUAAAUCCCGGAAACUGAGACUGGGAACUAAAGGGUUAUCAGUUAGCAAGAUACAUUAACCUUUCCAUUGUCUGUGCUGCAAUUCCAAACAAAUGAUACAAAUGAUAAAUAAUUAAUUGAAAACUGGCUGCCACUAAUGACUUAUUUGAAAUACCUGAACCUAAAUGAGUGAUGUACUUAUACGAAAGCAAAGGUGGUAAUGAGAAGGUAAAACAUUUUACUCCUUUAUGUUUUAAGUUAAUUUAUUAUAAACAUGAAUGGUGUUAUUUAUUUGCAAAUGUCAAUAUACAGUAAGUGUAUUUAUGUUUUCUAUGAUUACUGUAGGUUUUUACAGUACAAUAUUGUAUUUCACUCAAGCAGACAAUAUCUCUGGUCAGUGUUUACUCAUUUUUGGAAAUCCUGCAAACCUCCAAAGCUAAAACAGCUUUUGUUGUCUCGUUCUCAGUGUUGAGCUCAGUAUUUUUAUUUUUGUAUUGCAUUUUGCAUUAUGUAUCAUUAUCAUUUAUCCCAGUCACAAAUUAAUCUCAGGUUAAGAAGGUUCUUUUGAAGGGUCUUAAAUUCUACAGAUGUACAAAUAGCAACAAUAUCUGUUUAACUCAUCGUACAGCUUACACAUUUCAAAUGUAUAAAAUUGUUAUGCAUAAAAUACAAAAUCACCUGAGAACAUCAUAUCAGGUAAACAUACUGUGGGGAAAUCGAGAGAGAUUGAGAAAUAUUUAUGAUUUCAUAUUUGAUCCAUCUAUAUCAAACUUUGAAAUUACAUUGUAUCCAGUUUUUCAGUAGCUUGUUUUAUUUUGGUUACAAUUUGUGUGUGUGUGUGUGUGUGUGUGUGUGUGAAUCUCAGACAUUUUCAUUUUAAUACUAAAUUCUGAAUGAAGAAUUCAUUCUCAGUUUCUGGGUCUUAAUUUAUGUUGUAAAAUUGAUGUUUGUUUUAUCUGAAAAGAGAGCAUGUCUUAAAGCUGUAUUAAAGCUGUGAUUUUGUUUUAUUAAGCUGUUGUUGUAAACCAGGUAAGUAUAGAUUAGAUUACAGUUUGCAGCUAGAAUGUAUUCAGAGAGAUCUGUUUUGUAUAUAUAUUGCACUUUGGAAGUAACUAUAAGUUCAAGAACAUGGAUCAGGCACUUUUAAAGGAAUGACUGAUUUACAGUUUACAAGAAUCUUAAACUAACUAAGCCUAUAUGAUAACAGCAGGCAGCAGCUAUGUAUGAUCUAAAUUCAAUCAAUGUAUUGGUUUAUAAAUUAAUAAAUAAAAGAACACAGU